GAAUCACAUCUACACAGCAUCUUUGGGAGGUUCUCCUUUCUUCUAGCAGAGGUUGAAACAUGGCGCCGACCAUGGCCGGCUUGAAAACAUGACCUGCUGGGUGACAUGUACACUUGUUUUAGACGGGUUGGGAAUCUGUUGGUUUAUUUAACAAACGAAUGAGCACUGGCGGUUUUUUUAAAAAAAUUAAUUUGAAACUCAAAAAAUAAAGCAUGUCGGGAUCAAAUGUGUGGAGUCGUAGCCGGGAAAGACUGAGAGUUUUCCCUGAGCUUUUAUCUCAGUGUGCAGAGGAGGCAGCGGUUUAUGGCAAGUGUGUUGCAGCUUCAACAACAGGCAAACAGGAGCUGAAGAAGGACCUGUGUGCUAAAGAGUUUGAAGCUCUGAAGACCUGCUUUACAAACGCAGUAAGUCAUAGUCUGCAAUAA